AUACUCACUUUUUGCGCCACUGGUUACAGUUCCCCUCAUCAUCAUCAUCAUCAUCAUCAUCUGAGAAGGUUCACUAAUCGGAACCAGGUUCCUCAGCUGAAGGCUCCAUACAACCAGCGGUCCAAAGUUCGGUUCUGAUGAGGCUGAAGUGAGCGGAAGUCCGUAUAAGGUCAGGGCCGAGACAGUGAGCCAUCUGUCAGACUUUACGGGACAGCUCUGACCCCUCCGCCGCUCCGGAGGUAAUUGGACCCGCUGUUGCCAUGGUGACGGCGGAGAGGAGGUGUCAUCCGAUCUGGUCCCGUUAAAGUUCUGAUGGACUACCGGUUCUGUCGGGAUAGUCCUGGGCGCUGUUGGUCCCUGCGGUUCAGUUCGGGUUGAUGGAGUCCCCCCCACCCUGAUCUGGACCCCCACUCUUCCUCCUCUUCCUCCUCUUCCUCCGCCAUCACCAUGCCGAACCGACAGAAGCAGGUUCUGUUCUGCUCCGCCGGCCUCCUGAGCCUCUGCUGCGCCCUCUCGGCUGCCGUCGUCACCGGGCUGCCCUACUGGCUCCGCGGGGUCGUGCUCUGCCGAACCGGAGCCGAGCUCGUCAACGCCACCGGAGCCGAACUGGACCAGUUUCUGGGGGAGCUGAGCUACGGGCUGUUCCACGGGGAGAGGGUGAAGCAGUGCGGCCUGGGGGGCAGACCGUCCCGGUUCUCAUUUAAACCAACAUGGCAUUUAGCUAAAGCUAACGCUAAAGCGCUAAAUUCAGCCACGUUAAUGUCGACGAUGCGCCAGCGACACAACGUCGUAUCGGUCGUUUGUGUGACCAGCUGCCUGGUUCUGAUCCUGUUUGCCUCUGAGGUGAAGAUCCACCGCCUCUCUGAGCUCAUCUCCAACUACAGGGAGGAGAACUUUGUUUUCCAGACGCACUCGGAGCGCUACGACCGCUGCUUCUGGAUCUUCUUCCUCAUCCUCAUCCUCCACGGACUCAACCUGGUUCUGAUCCGGCUCACAGGGAUCCAGUUCCCGUUCCAGGGGAAGAAAGACGUGGAGCUGAGCGGCGGCGCGGCCGACCUCAUGUACUGAUGGACUCACUGUUGACCCGGAUAAUCACUGAUUAUUGAUCAGAACCUGAGUGAUUGGGUCGAAUCUUGAUGAUCCGACUGAUUCUUUAUAAAUUCUGUUUAUAACUGUUUAUAACUGCUGUCCUUGUUUUAAGUCAAUAAUUCCUUAAUAUUGAUGUUUAUAAAAGAUGAUUCCACUGGCAGAUUAUUCCACUUAU